AUUCAUGCGGCAUAGUCGAUAGGAAUGAGCACAGGUAACUCGGCCGGCUCGGGCUACAACGCCUUACUUCUAUUCCGAGGAUUCAUGUCAUAAUAAAUCGUCCCACAUCAUUAAAUGCCUGUUUCCGCGCACUAUAAAAUUUUCCAUUGCUUAGAUGAUAAAUUCUGUUUGUCGCCGUGCCCGAGAUUCGCUUCUUACAUUUUAUCCCUUCGUCCUUUUUUAAGGAAAAGCUCAAACGAUCCAAGCCUGGUUCUCUUUUUUUCGUUGUCCAAUAUUUCCUAGCUCUCUUUGUACCUAUCAAAAUGGGGCUUCAUCUACCCCUCAGCCCUAACGAUAGGGUCCUACGGCCACCCCUAUACUAUCUUCAGGUACAAGAUGGCCUAAUCUUGGGCUCUGGUGCUAUGUGGACCAUCACCUACAUUCUAUACGUUGUCCAAGCCUACCGAGACAAGUCUUACGGCAUGCCACUGGUGUCCCUCUGCGCAAACAUUUCUUGGGAGCUUCUAUACGGCGUAGUUUACCCAACCUCGGUUGGUCAGUUCGUAGCCUUCACAUCAUGGCUCAUCACCGAUAUUGGGAUCGUCUAUGUGACUAUCAAAUUUGGCCCGUCGCAAUGGAAGCAAGCUCCUAUGGUAGCGAAUAAUCUUGGUCUGCUUUUGACUGCUGGAAUUGGUACGAUGAUUGCUAUGCAUUUGGCCUUUAUCAAGCAAAUCCCAAGUCUUGAUGAGUGUGCUUUAUGGAGCGCUUUCGUAUGCCAAGUCUUGCUCAGCGGUGCUUCGGUAUUGCACCUAAUGUGCAGGGAUAACACCUCUGGUCACUCAUGGACUAUCUGGCUUAUUCGAUGGCUUGGAACUGUCCUCGUCAUCGGUUUAUUCGUCUGGCGCUGGGUGCACUACCCCGAGACCUACCCCAUCACAGCUAAGCCCGUUACUGUUUUCCUCUUCGUGUUGACGGAGAUUGCGGAUAUCAUCUACCCCUUCGUUUACUACGCUGUUGAAAAGAAGGAGAAGUUGAGGAAGCAAGUCAAGCAGGUGAAGUCUAAAUAAGCCAAACACAACCAAUAGUCUUGUGGUUUGGUAGUUAGUUGUACAUAAACUCAAACGGAUACAUAUCGGAAUCAUAGGUGGAGGGCAAUAUGAUGCUGGUACAAAAUUCAGGGUCAAUUGAAUUUAGCGGUUAGGUGGGCAAAAAUAGACUGUAAUGCUAGCAUACAUAACGAGGAUAGACUGGGAAUUAACAGCGAAACAAAAUUAAACAAAAU